AUGGCCUCCUCCCCUGUCCUACGAAGGUCUACUCGUGUGCACCUUGCCGGCCCUCCAGAGGACGAAGACUCCAAGGAUGAGAUCUCAGACCUUAUCAUCGUCUCGGAACAAAGACAGUCAUUAAGGUUUGCAGUGCCACCAAAGACUGAGCCGACUGAGGACCCUGUCGUAUUGCCUUCACCUACCAGUCUCACCACCAAGCCCGCCAGUAAGGCAACAGUCACCAAAACCCCAGCCAGGCCAAUCUCCAAAUCACAAUGUCAAAGCAAGCAUCAACGCCGUGCCUUGUCCGACGCGCGCAUAGCAAGGAAGCUGAAUUGGAAUAUGCGUCGUUCUACAUCCGGCAAGCGCGUAGGCGAUGCAGUCCGGAGCAUCAAACUCCUCACAGGCCAGUGGCCAUGGGAAUACCUCAAGGGCUUCCUACCUAAAAAAUGGGGCAUCACCAUGUUGGAGGAUAUGAGAAGACUACUGAGAAGCGUCUGCAAGAGCGCUAGGAUAAAUGGGCCUGGACCUCAUACCAAGAUCACUCGAGACUUUCUCUUUGGGUGCGCAAAGAAGCGCGAUGCGGCGGACCCGGCGUUAUCGCUCUGCGAUAUCCUGGAUGCUAUUGAUCACUUCAGUGCGGAUUUCUAUACGAAAGGUCAGGGUAUGUCUGUUAAGACUUGCACGACACCGCCUGUCAAACCGCUGAGCAGGGGGGUUGUUAUACCGGAGACAGACGACGAGGAUAGCGACAUGGACAGCGAGGAUGGUGUUGGGCUGGCAUCUGACAGCGAGUGGGAAGACUGGACUGGCUACAACUUCGAUGAUGAUGACAUUGAGGUGGUCGGUCAGAGAGAGGUGCAGACGACAGCUCCGGAACAACUUCCGACAUCAUCCAUACCAGCCCAGAUAACAGCCUCAACACAAACAUCGGCAACAGCCCAAAAUGAAGUUCAGACAACGGGAUUAACUGAAGUCCCAAAUUCAACGGCAACCACGGGCCAGGAUGAAGUUCAGGCAGCGGGCCAGGAAGAAGGUAAUGUGGCUCUCAAGCGCUCUAGGUCGCCUUCGUUGUCUCCAUUGCCGCAGAAGCGUCCAAGGCUACCAGAUCCAAAUAUUACAUCCCGUAAUACGAGCAACAACGGUGCGAUAGGCUGUUUGGCAGCACCGCCUAUCAGUACAUGCAAUUGCAGUCAUAACACAGUGUCACAAGACAUAGCACCACCUUCACAAUCACAAACAUAUCCGUCAAUAGAACGCUCAAGAAAUUGGACAGACAUCCUCGAAGACUUCGAGUUUCUCGAGAGCGAAAAGAGGAAAGAGUUAGACGCAGUCACACAUUCUCUCCACGAAGUCACAACCUCAAUCGAAGCCAGCGAAACAGGCGACACAAAACUAGGCAGCGAAGCAGUCGACAAGCUCUGCAGCGACGUAAAAUCUUACGAAACAGAGCGCGAAAAGAUAAUUAAAGGCAAGCACUUCGUGGAGCAGCACCACGAAGAAAUGGCCAUGAGCGCCGAUGACUUGGCGAAUGCAGUACACAAGUACACGGUCCGAUUAGAAGAGUGCGACGCGUUAAUCGCAGAGGCUAAUUCCCAGGUGCUCGAGGAGUUGGAGGCUAUUGCGCAAAAGGACUCCGAUCUGAGAGCGGAGGAGAAGGCUUUGAAGGCAAGGGGGAAAACGGUGUUACAGGAAGUGGAGUACUCGCGAGCUGUUAGGAUGAUGAUGAGGUUGGGGCCUGAGGGAAUGGCGAUGUUGUUGGCGAGGUUGGAGGCUAGAAAUAUUGGGUUGUUUGGGAUGACGGAGGAUAUUAUGAUAGAGAGGGGUAUUGCGACGGUGGAAGAGAUGAUGGCUGAGGGGAGGUGA